ACCAGCCGAGAGGAGGCAGCGGGGCUAGCUAACCCUGAAGAGGGGCGACUGGAAGCCACGGCUCCGCAUCAGCACCACCGCCGACCCCGCUCCCGACUACCGAGCAUCACCGAGACGAAAGCCGCCGGUACCCGCCCCGGGAGCCGCACAUCAGCGAGGCAGAGCACCGCGGAGGAGAGUCACUAAUCAUGUACGAUGCAACAAGGAUGCCAUCCCCUAAAGACGGUGCAAACGGGGUGGCCCAGCCGGUGGUCCCCGGAGCCGCAGCAGGAUCAGGAGCUCUCGUGCCAACUGCAGUCCUGCAAACCACGACUGAGGACGGGCAGCAUGGUACGGGGGAGGAGGAGCCCAAAGCAGAGCCUGUCCUGGUGAAGAAGCCGCACCGAGAGAUUCUGGACCACGAGAGGAAAAGGAGGGUGGAGCUCAAAUGUAUGGAGCUCCAGGAGAUGAUGGAGGAGCAGGGGUACACAGAAGAAGAGAUUCGACAGAAAGUGAGCACGUUCAGACAAAUGCUGAUGGAUAAAGAGGGCGUCAUCACCAGAGAAGGAUCACACACACAACCAGUGGUCAACCACCUCCACUAUCAGCCUGACGAGUAUGAAGAGGACCCUCAGUUGGCCGGCUAUGAAGACGGAGACAAUGACCAUGAAUACCACAGUGACAGCAGAGUGAAGAGGAAAUCAAGCAGCUCUCCAUCCCCUCGUCCAAAGAAGAGGAAGAAGAAGAAAUCUGGCCGCAGAAGGAGCAGGUUUGGCAGCUCCUCACCCACGCGCAGAGAGAAGAAGAAAAAGAGUGGGAAGAAACACAAACGAGACAGAUCUGCAUCUGGCUCCAGGAAUAAGCGGAGAUACAGAUCGGGCAGCCCAAAGAACAAACACAAAGACAAGAAUAAACAGAAAAAGAGGUCCCCCGGUGAGACACCCAGUAGGAGCACACAGCGUCAAGGCAGCUGCUGCAGCUCCCCUAGCGCCUCCCUGUCCUCCACUCGCAGCACCUCCAAAUCUCCCUCCAGACUGAACUCCAAGCACAAGCCAGACGGACCGAAGGCGUCCCCGGGCCCCAACAGUCCGGCCACGUGGCACAACGGGGACCACGCCCAGCGGAGCCGCAACGGCAAGGCCAGCAGACUCAACCACGGCGAGGGCGAGAAAGGGCACGAUAAACUCCAUCUGUUGACUGCGAGCGCUGCAAGCAUCCAGUCCACGCUGCUGAGAGAGCACAAGCUCCACAGCGCCCCCGGCAGGAGCCAGGCAGGGCCGAUGUGCUUGGCAGGAGAAGCUGGGAGUGUUGACGGCAGGACCUCAGCCGUGGGUGGCACCGUUUCCCAGACGUCGGGGAGGAGAGGGAGCCAGAGAGGCCAGAACAAGAGCUCCCACUCCCCUGCCCACAGCAGCGACUCAGCCCACUCCCAGCACAACCACACUCACAAAGAGAGGAGCUCUCGGCACCAAAGAAAGAACAAAGGUGGCCACUCUUCCAAGCGUCACCACCGCUCCAGCCGGGGCCAGGCGCACCACCGCAGCCAGUCAGCAUCUCCUGGACGACACUCACACACGUCAGGCAAGAAGAAAGAGGAGUCUCGGAGCAAAGCCAACCUCCGACAGCGCAGCAGCUCCUGGAGCAGUGGGCGCUCGUCCUCGCACUCUGCAUCCAGAGACAGAGGCCCCAGCAAGGCCAAGUCCCCACACAACAGACAGAACAACUCCAGAGAGAGGGACAGUCCUAACCACUCCGACACUGACAGCCGAGCCCGCCGCCGCUCACGCAGCUACUCCCCCAUUCGCAAAAGAAGAAGAGAUUCACCCAGCUUCAUGGAGGCUCGCAGGAUCACCAGCGCUCGCAAGCGGCCGAUCCCGUACUACCGGCCCAGUCCGUCCUCGUCCAGCAACGACAGCAGCCCGUCCCGGUCCAGCCGUAGCCACAGCUACAGCAGCUGCAGCCGCAGCAGGAGCCACAACCGCAGCCACAACCGGAGCCACAGCCGCAGCAGGAGCUGGAGCCGGAGCCGCAGCCAGAGCAGGAGCUGGAGCCGCAGCAGGAGCCGCUCCCGCAGUCACCACAGCUACGACAGCCACAGCAGCUACGACAGCCCCGGCUUCUGAACACAAACUCAAAUUCCUGUUGAGUGCUCCGGUUCAGUUAUCAUGUAUCUUUAAUAAGCCCCCGAAGGCGUCCGGCACAGGCCGCUCAGUCCAGGGCUCCAACUCAGACUCCACAACCAUUCUCCCUCUAACGCAGAGUCCGGACCAAGAGGAGAGCUGUAUUUUGAAAGAGCACAUUACUAUGAAAUUGGGUGUCACUGCUCACUGCGUCACACACAUGUAUCCAAGAUAUUCAAGGAAGUGGGUUAUCACAUGUCAUACUCUCAUUCAGUUGAGCCCAAAGAUCAAAUGUUGCUGUAUGUUAGCACUUUCUAUCUCUUCUACCAUAAAACAACCAAAAGGAAUUCAUGAAGAACUAUAUAACAUAAAAAUACAGUAUAUAUAUAUAUAUAUAAAUAUAUAUAUAUCCUAAAAAAUAGGAGCUGAAUAGAAGACAAAAAGAGGACACAUCAAUGACUUACUGUACAUUUCAGAAUUUUUUCCCCUCGUCAUGUACUUUUCUCCCCAAAGACUUCAAUUUUAGCGAAGCACAGAGAUCAACAGACGUGAGAACAAAGCAGUUGAAUUAGGAGGAAAGAAAAAGGGACUUUUUUAUGAGGGAAAUUCUACUGUAUAGAUAUAAGUUCUGGCUUUGUAAACUAUGCACUGUAUAUUCCAUAUAGUUCGAGGAAGUUUGUUCAGCAUGAUGCAUCAGGAGAGACUCGCUGCUCGUAGGAGAGAAACUUAGCAGACGACAAAGAUGCGGACGUCGUCUGUGUUCCCCCCCCCCCCCCCCCCGACCUCGCCAUCAUGUCACAGAGGUUGAUGGGAGAAAACAAUGUGUAUUAUGUAAUUUUACUCUUUUCCCUGUUUAAAUUAUUAUGUUCUGCUAAUCCUGUAUGUGUGUGUGUGUGUAUGUGCGCGUGUGUCCACCGUACUGCAUCUAAGGCUGCUGUACGGUUCUGUACAGGAGAACGGUCUGCAAAAACUCUCCAUGCACACAUUUGCGCUGACCACGGCUAUUUAUGAAUCGUCUGUAUUUAUUUAUUUUAUUUAUUGGGUUAUUUAUUUAUUAUUCAACUUAUUUAUUUAUUUAUUAAGUGGUGAGCUGUAAAGCAGUUCUACCAUGAGAUUGCCGUGGAUGUAUUCCCACCUAACAACACAAACAGGUGCACAGUGCGUAGGCUCGCUGCGCGUGUGUGUUUACGAUGCUCUGAUUUUAGCUAGUGGAAACGUCUUCACUCGCCGUUACUGCCGCCUCAAGCGUCCCUCAUCUGUUUCGUCAUUUUAAUGCAAGUCCUCGCGGCUCUUCCAGCAGUUCGAAGCGAGGGACCGGCCUGAAGCGGAACCAAAACAUCUCACUGUCUGGAGAUGGCAUUCCACUCUACUUCUCCACUUUUCCCGCCACCCCGCGCUCUUAUCCCUUGUGCGAUGGGCCACGCCAUUUUUUUUUUUUAAAGGUCCCCUGGUUUCCAGCUUGAAAAGGAGGAUAUGUACAGUAUAUAACUUUAGCAUAGCAGAGACCUCCUCUGUCUGGAGCUUCGAUAGUGCGGUGAACAAAGUGGCGGAACAAUCAGGGAUCACCUUAAGUCUUCCUAACCAUUCGUCCAGCCUCUAGUCACUCAACCCAGUGUUGCAUUCCCAGGGUGACUGAACCCGACUAUAAUACUCUGCAAACCUGUUUGUUUAUUCAAUAUAGCAUCCCCCCCCCCCCUUUGGUUCUACACACCAUUCUUUGUAAUGUAAAAGUUAUUAUACCUGACAAUAAACAGAAACUAAU